AUGCAGAAACUACCCGGGCCUGCUAUACAUGGCUCGACAAACCGUACCCCAGGGGGCAAUAAUGCCUUUUAUAAUAUUGCAAACGACUACAGACACAUCCCCGAUCUCAACAUGCGCCGGCGGCUCGCCCUGGCCGACAUAGACAGGGUUCCACUGGGCCUGCAGCACGCGCGAGCUGUGGCCGUGGCCGGGGUCGGCUUCUUCCUCGACUCUUACGACAUCUUCGCCAUCGACCUGAUCACGACCCUGUUGGGGGUCGUCUUUUGGCAAGGGGCCCCGGACCACGCCGACAACGGGUUCGGUGGCAACGGCGGCAAGCUCCCGUCGACGGUGGACCAGGCGCUAAAGGCCUCGACCAGCGCCGGCAUCGUCGUCGGCCAGCUCGUGUUUGGCUGCCUCGCCGACGCCUUUGGUCGUCGCAAGAUGUACGGCAUCGAGCUCUGCAUCAUCCUCGUCUCUACCUUGUGCUUUGCCCUGGCGAGCCCCAGCUCCUCCAUCAGCUCGACAGGGAUCUUGGUGUUUUGGAGGGUCAUGAUGGGUGUUGGCAUCGGGGGUGACUAUCCGUUGUCUUCGGUCAUUACUUCCGAAUUUGCACCCACCCGCUGGCGAGGCGCCAUGCUUGCCGCCGUGUUUUCGAUGCAAGGUAUCGGCCAGCUGAUCGCGGCGGUUACGACGUUGGUGGUGACGGUAAUCUUCAAAGAGUCCUUCAUCGACAUCGGCAAGGUGUCGGAGUGCGAUUCGACCUGCAGGAUGGCUGCAGACAGGUCGUGGCGCCUGAUCGUGGGCAUCGGCGCGGUACCGGCCUGCUUCGCCAUGUACUACCGCAUCACCAUACCGGAGACGCCUCGCUAUACCUUGGAUGUCGCCCAGGAUAUCGAAAAGGCCGAGGCCGACGUCAAGGCCUACAUGGGCAGCCAGAAUGAGGGUACCGUCGAUCCUUUGAUCCAAGCUAGGGCCAAGAGGUUGGCAUCCAUAUCCCUGGAUAUUCCUUCCGCUUCAUGGCCUGACGUGUACUCGUAUUUCCGGCAAUGGAGACACUUGAAAAUCCUCGUUGGGACUACCGUGCCUUGGUUCUUUCUUGACCUGGCAUUUUACGGCCUCGGACUGAACACCACCCUGGUGCUGAAAUCGAUAGGUUAUUCACGACACGAGAACUUCUACUACAGCUUAUACGACAACGCAGUGGGGAUGAUAAUCCUCACCUGCGCGGGCUCCCUACCAGGCUACUGGAUGUCGGUUCUGACCAUCGACACCUUUGGCCGGCGCCCGAUCCAGAUCAUGGGCUUCCUCGUGCUGACCAUACUCUUCUGCGUGCUGGGAUUUGCGUACCACCACCUUUCGGACGGCUCGAUGCUGGCGUUGUACAUCGUGGCGCAGUUCUUCUUCAACUUUGGCCCCAACACCACCACCUUCAUCACGCCGGCCGAGGUGUUCCCGACCCGCUACCGGGCCACGGCCCACGGCGUGUCGGCGGCCAUGGGCAAGAUCGGCGCCAUCCUGGCCCAGAGCAUCAGCAUCCCGCUGCUGGAGCACGACGGGCCACCGAGCGCCUCGGCCUCGUGCGAGGGGCUCGCGUGCUCGCGCUCCCUCCCCAAGCUGAUGCUCAUCUUUGCCGCCUUCAUGCUCAUCGGAACGCUGACGUCGACGCUCGUCCCCGAGACCAAGGGCGCGACCCUCGAGGAGUUGGCGGGGGAGCUAAGCGAUCCUGGUGGUGGAGGUGGCGGGGGUCCUAGCUUCGGAAUGGGAAAGUCGUCAUCCAGGGGCGUUGGUGGCGGCGGUGGCGUCGACAAGGGGCCCGCGGAACCGGGCUCGAGGGCAAGGCGCUGUUUUCAAAACGCCUUCCCCGGCGGAAAGCCAGCGGGAUUCCAGCGGGCGCUAGCCAGGGCAAGUCCUCGCGUCGGGAUCAUGAGUGGGCUCCAUGUCGAGGACCAGGAGGCUCUACCACGGCAGCAGCAGAUGACGCAGAGCAGCAGCAGCAGCAGCAGCGCGAGGGGUUUCAAGAAGGUGCCGUCGAGGGGCUGGCCGUUUCCCAACGUUGCGGCCAGCUCGAAGCAGGGGUUUGCCGUGGGGAGAACCGGCGAGAAACGGACCCGAGGCAAGGGCAAGACGAAGAGAGGUGCGGGGGAGAGCGGCGCUGAGAUGAUGAGUGACGGCCAUACGGCGACGACGGGGGAUGAGACGGAUCCAAACGACAGGUUCGCGUUUGUUGGUGAGGAUGCGGCGGCCAUGCAGGUGUUGGCGUCGACGCAAUCCUUGACUCCCGGUUGGGGAGCUGGCUGGGGGAGGAUGGAUAGGGGAGGCCGGUCAGCCUCCAAGGAUAAUAUGUUAUUACAGGAUGUGGGCAGCCUACUUAGAUAA